CUUGUGGCCCCUGUGCGAUUGUACGUGCGCACGAGUUGUGAGCAGGGUACACUAGUACUCUGACUACAUAUCUAGUCUUGUUUUGUCAUACGACGCACACCCCGUGUAAAAUGAAUGUCGCCAGACUUGGAAAAGCUAACCUUGUGUUAGGUGUGGCAGCCAUUGUCAUAGAGAUCAUAGCCUUUUCUACCCGAGGAUGGAUUCGCUUCAGAAUUGAAAUCCAAACCGGCCAAGGCAAUUAUGCCGAAAUUCCAUCAAUAUUUGAAUUUGGCCUUUGGUCAGCUUCUGUUUGUAUUAAAGGCAUGUGUGUUGUACUCAAGCACAACGACUGGGAAGCUCACGAAUCCGUCGAUGCCUUUGCCGACAUUUUGAACAUCGCUCAAUACCAGGUACUUACAUCGCUCGCCGUCGGCCUCGGCGUCGUCGGCCUGCUGUUCCUCGGGCUCCACUUCCGUCGACCCGUCCUCUCCAGCAAGUGUAACGGCAUGUUGUCCAUUGGCUGUUUCUUCAUCUCGGGCGUCUUGAUGUGGUAUGUGAUCGGGAAAUUUGCGAAACUUGCUCUUAAUCUCCACCCUAUCCUGUCCCAGGCAGAGGAAUUGACCGCCAUAACUCCCUUCUCUGUCGUCCUCGCUGCCAUUGGAGCCUCUUUUUCGUUUGUCGUGGCGAUCUUGUUGGUGCUGGAGGUGUUCAAAACCGCGGGUGCAACAGAGGGAGGGAUUGUCGUAAACAGGCAACAACACACACUACUGAGUAUCAACCACCAGACAAACGUGAUGCCGCCUCCUGUUGUUUCUCAAACGACUCACAUCAGUAUGCACAAUGCUUGUAUGUAAUGUAGUGGUUGACUGAUAGCAUAUGUUCAUAAACACAAACCCUCACUACAUAAAGAAGUUGUGAAAUUACUUGUGCGACUAUAGGAAUAUGUCCAUUUAUCUUCAUGGCCAUUAACUUGACACCUUGUUUUUGAGUUAAUCACUUUGCAUUACUGACCAAUAACUUAAAACUUUGAUUUUCGAUUACCUUUAUUUUUACAGUGUGAAUUGUGACGUCAUCACUGUUAGAUUGACGACCAAUCACAUUGGUGAUCACUGACCAUUACCUUUAUUUGACGAUGUUUAUUGUGACUUCACAAUUUUGAGACGUCGCCAUGUUUAGAUUAAUUAAUGACCAAUAACUUGACACUGAUUAUGACGUCAGUACUCAAAGAUUAAUCACCAAUAAUUCUACACUGUUUGUGACGUCAUCACUGUAAGAUUAAAUGUCAAUAACUCCACUGAUUGUGACUCCAUCUGUUAGAUUAAUGACCAAUAACUUUACAAUGUUUGUGACGUCAUCAACAACAAUAGUAACAAUAACAUUACACUGUUUGUGACUUCAUCACUGUUAGGCUAAUGACCGAUAACUUAACACUGUUUUGACGUCAUCACUGUUAGAUUAUUUACCAAUAUUUUUACACUGAUUGUGACUUCAUCACUAUUGGGUUGAUGACCAAUAUCUUUACAUUUAUUGUGACUCCAACCCUUAGAUUAAUAACCAAUAUCUUUAUCCUGAUUCUGAAGUUAUCACUCUAAGAUUAAUUACCAAUUACUUAACACUGAGUGUUACGUCUUUAGUCUCAUAUUUAUGACUAUUGUCUUUGCAAUGUUUGUGACGUCACCAGAAAUAUUAAUGAUUAAAAUCAUUUUACUAUGACGGCAUCAAUUAGGUUAAUGACCAAUAGCAUUACACCGUUUUUUACGUCAUCGGUAACAAUAAUGACCAUUAACAUUACAAUGUCUAGGAUGCCAUCAGCACCAGUAAUUGCAAGUGGCUGCAACUGUUCGUGACGUCACAAGUAUCAAUAAGGACUAAUAACUUUAUACUGUGAUUUUUUCUUCAUUUAUGAAAUUAAUGACCGAUGAAUAUCAAUGUUUGUGACGUCAUCACUGUAAAAUAAUGAACUGCCUUCUUUGGAGAGUUAUGGUCCAGUGAUUCUCAAGGGAUUGCAGACAAAAA